UCGUGUUAUUCAUUAUGUUUUGACAACAAGCUACUAAAAAUUGGUAACGCAAUCUGAAACUAAGUAAAGGACCCCACAUAACUUUUAUAUUUAAAUUCAUAAGUCAUAACCUAAAUUUGUCGGCAACCUAUCUAGCACCAUAUCUUUAGACUACCAGCAAAACCAAUUCUUGCAAGUUUCAACCUCAAGGGAUAGGAAUAAAUUUUUUUGUAUAGAUAAAAUGGAAAUUGAGAAUAAUAUCGAUUACGAAAAGUCAUUAGAAUACUGGGCCGACAUUCCUGCUACUGUUGAUGGAGUACUUGGAGGUUUUGGUUUUAUAUCGGAUGUAGAUAUAGAAGGCUCAACAGUAUUUUUAAAAUCAUUACUAGCAUCGGAUAGCGCUCCAGGAAAUAAUACGGCACUUGACUGCGGAGCUGGCAUUGGAAGAAUAACAAAACAUUUAUUGAUUCCCCAUUUUCAAGAAGUAGAUGUUGUGGAACCUGAUGAGAAGUUUAUAAAUGCAAUUAAAGAUUUUGUGGGAGAACAUAGCUGCAAAAUAGGAAAACUAUAUCAAGUUGGUUUGCAGGAGUUCAAGCCAUGUAAGAAAUAUGAUGUUAUUUGGAAUCAGUGGGUUCUAGGAUACUUAACUGAUGAGGACCUGGUGUCUUAUUUAAACCGUUGCAGAGAAGCUCUAACAGAGGGUGGUGUUAUAAUAGUAAAGGAAAAUGUAACUUCUUCUGGUUAUUUAGAAAAAGAUGAUGUGGAUUCUUCAGUUACCAGAUCUCUAAAACAAUUUAUAAAAAUAUUUCAAAUGGCCAAUUUGAAAAGGAUCAAACAAUGUAAACAAACAAAUUUUCCAAAUGGAAUUUAUCCUGUGUAUAUGUUUGCACUUGUACCGAAUUCAGAAAUAAAUAAAACAAUAUCCACUAAUGAAAGUGAACCAAACUGUAAGUUACAUACUUCAGAUAAAUAAGUGCUACCUAUUUUGUAAUUACUUUAUUUAUUUAAUCUGAAAAUAAUUACCUAUAUAAUACUUAUAAUAUAUGAUUUCAAAAUAAAACAAUAUUUUUAUUA